CUCUAGGACUAGAGCCAGCUAGAGACAGCGCCUCCUGCAAACAUGAUUUCCAAGCUGACUGUGGCUUUUCUGACAGCUGUUGUGCUGGCUGCUGCUCUGUGUGAAGCUGCUGUUCUGCCAAGACUUAGCACAGAACUUCGAUGCCAGUGCAUAAAUACUCACUCUAAACCUUUCCACCCCAAGUACAUUAAAGAACUGAGAGUGAUUGAGAGUGGACCACACUGCCCAAAUUUAGAAGUCAUUGUAAAGCUCCAUAAUGGACAAGGUGCUUGUCUGGACCCCAAGGAAAAGUGGGUGCAGACACUUGUGCAGGCCCUUUUGAAGAGAGCUGAAAAACAAGAUUCAUGAGAAAAACGCAUUCACCAUGGUUUCCAAGAAUUUGCCACUAACUAUGCCAAUGAAAUUUUAAACAUAUCUACUUCAACUUUUCAUGCACUGUGUGGGGUUUGUUAGGGUUGCCAGGUAAAAUACAGGAUGUCCAGAUAGGAAUUUCAGUAAAACAAUGAUUUUUUUUUUCAAUGUCCCAUGGACGUUGUCUGUGCAAUAUCUAGGACACACUUAUUUUUAAAAAUUAUUCAUUUUUUUUACUAUAGUUACAAAUUUAGCUGGAAAUCCUCUUUAUUAUUUUUUUGUUGUUAAACCUUGCAACCUUGGUCUGCUGGUCACAAUCCAUCUAACUCUAUUCAACUCCAGUUUCUUCCUUAUUCCUAAGCUAAAGAAAAAGUACCAUCCUACCUCACACUGAUGUGAGAAAUGUAGAGAUACUUUAAUUUUAUUCAUGGUCAUGGAAAUGGUUUUCAAGUGUAACUUAUUCACUAUUUAUUAUUUAUAUAUUUAUUUAAGCAUAAAUAUAAUCAUAUUUAUGCAUGAAUUUGGGAAAUCAGGAAAGAGAGCAUCCUUGACAGAAGAGUAUAAUGAUAGUGAAUUUAUAGUUAUUUUGGAGAUUAAUUAUGUUAUAUGAGACAUCUAUUUUGAUCAGGAUUGUCAUAUUUAGCAAAAUUAAGACAAAUGGGGCACCCAGUUAAUUUUACUUUUGGUAACCAGUGGAUUCUUUUUUAGUAUUAAUACAUCAUUUUUAUCUGAAAUUUUAGUUGAAUUGGCAAAUAACAAAAAUUCACCAGACAAUAUUAACAUAGCAAUUUCUUGCUGGUAAAACUGAUGCAUUAUAUACAAGUAAAUUUGCAUAAUUUAAUUUAAAUUAUUGUGUUUUUUAAAUCCUGACUUUUGUUUGACUUUAAGAUGCUUUUAUGUGUUCCUAAAAGGAUAUUUUUAGUGUUUCUUAUA